AUGGGGGUGAUGCUGAAUCGCUGGCUUAGGGCUGCAGCCAGGAACACCAAUGGCGUGCUCGUCAGCCACGGCAGGGCUGCCGCGGCCCGGAAGGGACAGCCAGGGCUUUCCGAGGAGGCGGGGCACCAGCACCGAAAUACCAGCCACUGCCCCAGCCCAACCGCUACAGCCCCAAAACCACCACUGCCCCAGCAACCCACUAUCCAGCCCAAAACCACCACUGCCCAGCCCAACCCACUAUCCAGCCCCAAAAACCACACACUGCCCAGCCCAACCCACUAUCCAGCCCCAAAAACCACACACUGCCCCAGCCAACCCACUAUCCAGCCCCAAAUACCGCACACUGCCCCAGCCCAACCCACUAUCCAGCCCCAAAAACCACACACUGCCCCAGCCCAACCCACUAUCCAGCCCCAAAAACCACACACUGCCCCAGCCCAACCCACUAUCCAGCCCCAAAAACCACACACUGCCCCAGGCCAACCCACUAUCCAGCCCCAAAAACCACACACUGCCCCAGGCCAACCCACUAUCCAGCCCCAAAAACCACACACUGCCCCAGGCCAACCCACUAUCCAGCCCCAAAAACCACACACUGCUCCAGCCCAACCCACGAUCCAGCCCCAAAAACCACACACUGCCCCAGUCCUACCCACUAUCCAGCCCCAAAAACCACACACUGCCCCAGCCCUACCCACUAUCCAGCCCCAAAAACCACACACUGCCCCAGCCCAACCCACUAUCCAGCCCCAAAAACCACACACUGCCCCAGGCGAGUCCGUGGCCCGGCCCCAGACACCCCCACCUGAACCCGCCGCCCAGCCCGAAAAAGCACGGGACGCCCUGGAGAAGGACCCGAGCAGCGAGGAGUCCCCGUUCAGCGCCCCGCCGUCCCCGGUGCUGCCCUGCAGGAGGCCGCGCGACCGCCGCGCCAGGCGCUUCAGUGACAGCGACAUGUCGCUCACCCCUGAGGACGCCGCCCCGGGGACCUCCGCCCCGGGGACCUCCGCCCCGGGGACCACCGCCGCCCCGGGGACCACCGCCGCCCCGGGGACCUCCGCCCCGGGGACCGCCGCCUCGGGGACCGCCGCCCCGGGGACCGCCGCCCCCAGCAGGACGCCGAGAAAGCACAGGAUGCUGGACUCCGCCACAGAAACGAAGGUGGACUGGAGCGACGAGGAGGCCCUGUUCUCUGGCUUUAAAAGGACUAGAAGGAGCGUGAGAAAGAAGGCCUGGACGGAAGAGGAGAGCGAGUGGGUGCGGCAAGGAGUGGCAAAGUACGGCGAAGGAAGCUGGGCCAAAAUCAGGGACCGGUUCCCCUUCAAGGGCCGGACGUCGGUCAACAUCAAAGACCGAUGGCGGACCAUGAUGAAGCUGAAGUAGGGGUGAGGGCCGGAGAGCCCGCGUUGCUCCCGGCGUUCAGGGCCAGAGCAAACGCAAUUUCAACUGUUCAAUAUUUGAAUGCCAAGUUUUUUGCACGGUUUACUUUUUUUUUUAUUGAACCCGAGUUAUGGUUAGUUAACUUUUUCUUUUAUUGAACCUGAGUCCUGAGUUGGUUAGUUUUCUAAGGAUCCUUUUCUAUAAGUUUCCCAAAUGCCUUUUGUUGUUUUUUUCCAAAAAAAAAAAAAAACUCCAGAGGAAGGAGCAAGAGACAUUAUAUCAGUUUAACAAAAAAUGAAUGAAGUACCAUUUGUACCAAGUGGAAAUAGUGUUCAUACCAAUGUUGGCAUUCUGUGUUUUAAAUAAAUUGUUCUUCAGCAAGA